GAGAUCAUGAAGCUAGCGGCGUCGGUAGCGACGUGUCUGCUGAUGGCCUUUUUACUAGCCAUCAGCGUAGAAGCACAGGAAAAUGUCCUCACCCGAGUGGCACCGUCAAUGCUGGAGUGUUACGAGAGUGCACAGAUCUUCGAGCGCGACAAUCGUCUUCCGAUGACGACGAACAUGUUGAUCGAGCUGAUCCGUAAGGUGGAGGAUUCACCUGGAUUCCAGCAGGACAUUCGUCAACUGGCCAUCAGCAUGCUGCAUCGCUUCCGGCAAGAUGGUAUAGUGCGUGCACCGGGAGUUACAAGCAUGUCUGGUGUGAUUCCGUUCAGUCCGACCGAGUUCCAAUUCACGAAGCAUCGCGUAUUGUUUUCUCGCUUGCUUCCGGGCAAUGCUGUCAACUUCCCGAACGCUACCUUAAGCAUUGACGAGAGGUGUGCACUCCAUUUCAUGCUAUCAAACUCGAUUGAUCGCCGAGUCCGAGGAGAUGAGAACAUUCGCUGUUCACAGCUGUCACAAUAUCGGGCGGCUCGCGUACCACGUGAGCUAGAUUUUAAGGAUCGAAGCAGAAUGCGCUCAAACUACCUCGGAGACAAUGAGAUGCUGGAGCAACCGGAAAUGGAUCGCAUUCGGGAACACAUCAAGAAGAUUAAACAUAAGGCUUCGUCGGUUGCACGACUCGAGAUGGAUCCGGACGAAGAUCACCCGGACGAGGAACCUCGGGAAGCGGCCGUAGAAGAGGAAGAACCGCAGGAGGAACCAGUGGUUGCAGCAGCAGAAGAAGAGGAAGCGGGCGAACCACUGGAGGAAGAUGAAACACUAGGGGAGAUCGGUGAUGUCAGUCUGGUGGAUAUUGCCUCGAACGCUAUCAGUGCCUGCCCGGUAGAGAACGGCGUUAUCUACACACCCUGGGGCUCGGUAAUGGCCGGUACCGUGUUGGCUGGUAUUGCGGCAGGUUUGGAACCUCAAACCGUACAGUUGCGCGAUCUUGUGUCACGAUCCGAUCAGUAUCGUAGCCGACAGGUUCAAUCGAUACGUGUAGACAACCGUUGGGCAGCUACGCUGUCCGGAGAUCUGGCCGAGGUGAGUCUGCUGCAUGUCCCUUCGGCUGGCAACAAUGUGCAGGUUGGUGCGGCCGGUGCUUGGAAUCGUACCGUUGCUCCGCGUUGGUAUUUCCUAAGCCAGCGAGAAAACUUGCAAAUGACGGACUCGGAGAUCCGGGCCGGAAUCGACGGAUUACUGUUGGCUACGAACAUCGCCGAAUGGCGCAGCCGGGCGAACAAUCUACGGUUGAGUCAGCUGCUGGACAUGUACUACUCGCAUCGUGGAGUGUUCAAUGAUACGGUGCGUUCGUGCAAUCGUCGGGAUCUCUUUACGACUGUGGCACCCAUGCAGCAGCUGCGCGAACAAACGGUUGCAUUUAGUACGGUGCUGGAUAAGGAGAUGCAGAUGCCAUUCACCAUCACGCAGGACGCCAUUAUGCAAUUCUCGGACAGAUCUACCGAUGCGUUGGCGAACUAUAUUCCUUCCGCUUUGAACGAUCUAACGUGCGAUGCGACUGCGAUCGUGAUGAACGAUCGUACUAUUUGGAGAGCGGCUUCCGAUUUGUACAUUUUUGUCGAUGCUGCCUGGCCGCACCGAGAUGUGUACUCCGUUGUGUCCAACAUCCUCGAUUCGGUUGACAUUGGUCGCUUUGGUUCGAACUAUACUAUUUUGAAUGCUCGCGAUGGCAAUGUGAUCGUAAACUCGACCCAUUUCCUGUCGGACUUCCAUUUGAGUUACACACCCCAGCUGCACCAAACUUUGGCCAAUGGAUUGAAUAUCCCGAAUGUGUUCCGACGACUGAGGGAGGAAACCAACAAUCAGAUGGCUGCCGAACGGCGUACCAACAAUCUUAGUGGACGGUCAAAGAUCGCGCUGCUGAUUGUGCAUACGGACCGUGUAAGCGAAGGUGACACCAACUUUGCCAUCCAGCACUUGCAAAUCUUCCGCGAAGAAGUACCGGACCUGCGCUUCCUAUAUCUAGCCGCCGGAGACCCUGGCCGAUUCAAUCGCUUUGUGCGUGACGAACGGCGUGAUGUGUUUCCGUUGCGUGAGCUAGAAUCCGGCUCCGUAGUGGAUACGGUGCGCGUUCAGCUCAGCCCGGUCAUACACCGGAUACAGCAGGAACCGAGAAGAAUAGUGAAUCCCCGCUGUGGCAAUGACUGGGUGCAGGAAAACUGGGGCUCCAACUCCAUGAACCAGUUUGUCGAACCGCGCGGUGUGAACUUCUAUCGGCUGCAUCCGAACUACUUCUUCCGUGAGGGUAACAACAGACGUCUGCGCAUCCAGGGUCACGGUUUUGCAACGCUUACCGUAUGCCAUUCCCGCUGGGUUGAACGUCCAAGACAAAAUUCGACCGAGAAUCGAGACUCCAUCCAGUGCCGCACGAUCAACACCGAUGCGUACGACAUAGAUUUGACAAAUCCUUGUGACGGCCACUCUGUGAUUCAUUCCUGUCCGCCACUGUUUGUGUCCGUCGAGGGACCAAUGGAUCCUCCUGCAAUCAUCCGUUGCUCUGAACCGGAAUGUCGUUUCCCGGACAAUGCACGAUAUGCUAUCGUGCUCGAUAAUAUGGGCUGCUUCAGUAGUGCUAACCGAACGGUCAGUUCACUACUGAUGGCGACCAUGGUUGCCUUGGUGCUAGCACUGUUUAAGCAAUCGUAA